UCUGUUCACCGACCACCGACUACGCUCACUCUUGUAUUGUUCGUGAUUUUAGAUUGAGUUCGUUUUUAUAUUUUAUCGUAUACGACCUCUGUCAUAUUUUACAUUAAUUGUGUUCCUCGUGUUAACUAACGAUCUCGUACCAUCGUUCUCUCUUCGCACCGCCCUUGAACGCAACGCACGCGAUCGAACCGCCAUUCUCGAGUCCGCGACUCGUCCGACGCACGCCCGUCCCGCGUUUAUUUACGCGUCAUUACGCUCCAUUACGUGCCCUUUCAAUUAUUUACCAUUCGGUACCGUUCUAAUCGUUUGCCAUUUUGUGACGUUGUAAUAAACUGUUUCCGACGAUUACGCGUCCGUGCCGAAUCGAGUUUGUCAUUCGUUCUAAAUCCGCCUGACUAGUGUACUAUCCUUCUGACGAGAAGUCAGCAUCGUAUUUGCCUAAGUGUAGUCUAAUCGUCAGGUCAAUCUCCCACACCUCGGCGCUUCAAGUACCUACCUAGUACCUAUAUUAAAUUUCCAAACUACAUUCAAAAAAUAAUUGCUUGCGAUCGGUCGACUCGUCAACGUGUUUAAAAUUUAAUAAUUUUAAACUGGUGACCGUAAUCAAGACAUCUAUCUCCCAGUUAUAAAUUUGGUCCUCAGAAAUAUGUCCAAAAAACCGUCAAGUCCAUUAUAUGCCAAUGUUUCUGGAGUAAAGUACAAGAGUGAAGAAUUGACUACACAGAAUGAACCCACUUACUACAAUACAGUAACAAAUAGAAUGCCACAACCUUCCCAAGGCAUUUAUAGCAAUGUGAACUACCGUAAGAAAUCCAACAACAUAUAUUCGAACAUUCCCGAAACAAGCAAACCGACUUAUAAAAAUACUCAAUAUCCAUUAUAUGACAAUCUAAAACCAUUAGGUAAAAAUAACAUACACAGCCGUCCAUCUCCAGUAAGUUCUAGUUACUCUGAACUUCAAAAGGCAGAUAGUUACGAAGAUGAUGCAAAAGAUUUUGAUAAUUCUUCUUCUCAGGAAUCUAAAAUAUAUGAAUCUGUCUAUGAGCCUAUUAAUGCUGUCUAUCCGCCUAGUGAGUUAUCAUCUACAUAUUCAAUGAGCUGUCUUUCACGGUCCAUUAGUACUCGUGGAUAUGAAACCGAAGUUGAUUCUUUAACUGAUCUCCUUGUAAAAGCAAUGUCUGUCAAUGAUGGUAAAAAAAGUUUGGACAGUCAUGCAAGCUCUUUAGGAUGGAAUUGUACUGAAUGCAAUAAAAAAGUAACGGAAGAAGGACUUGGGUGUAGAGCAAUGGGUAAUAUUUAUCAUAUAAAAUGUUUUACCUGUAACCAUUGUGGAGAUCAAUUGAAAGGAAAACCAUUUUAUCACAUUGAUAACAAACCAUACUGCGAAAAGGAUUAUUUGGAUACCCUAAAAAAAUGUUCAGUUUGUCAAAUACCAAUUUUGGAUAGAAUCCUGAGAGCCACAGGACGCUCAUAUCAUCCACAGUGUUUCAGAUGUAUUGUAUGCUCUACAUUAUUGAAUGGUAUACCCUUCACCAUCGAUGCAGCCAAUCAAAUUUAUUGUAUUGAUGACUUUCACAAGAAAUUUGCUCCAAAAUGCAGUGUAUGCAGAUUUCCUAUUAUACCAGAGGUUGGUCAAGAUGAAACAAUAAGAUUUGUUGCAUUGGACCGAAGCUUUCAUGUGCAAUGUUACAAAUGUGAAGAUUGCGAUACUUUAUUAGGAUCAGAAGCUGAAGGUAGAGGAUGUUAUCCAUUAGAUGACCAUGUAUUAUGCAAAAGUUGUAAUGCUAAAAGAGUUCAAGCUUUAACAUCAACCAUGAUUACCGAGCUUUAAGUAACGCUAUACUUUAUUCAAAAUAAGCGCACUGGGUGGCGAUCAAAAGUCAGUCAAAUUCACGCAUACUACUGUUACAGUAAUACUUUUAUGUUUUAAGAUUGUUCCAAUUGUUGAUAUUCUUUGCUUGUCUGGUAUAACUAGAGACCGGAUUUUUUUAUGUUUUUACGUAUCUUUACUGAGAGUAUGCAGGUCUAAUUGGAUAAGCUUUCUCGACGAUUCAUUUACCUAUGAACUGAUAUACAAAUUUUUAGUGCAUAAAAAAGAAUAUUUUUGCAUAUAAAAGAUUAUUUUGAUGAAAUUAUAGAGCAUAGAAGCAUCUUAUUUUUAAGACUAAGCGCAUAUAAAUCCGGUCUCUAAUUAUAAUUGAUAAUAAUUUUGUAAUAUCACGGGGUGACUCCCCCUCCCGUCAAUCAAACCACAUCCCAUUUACUUAUUGCAGUGGUUUUCAAACUGGGUGCCACAGUCUUUCAAAAAGUUCAACCAUUCGUCCAAGAAUAAAAUUAAAAAAUUAUAAUUAAUAAAAAUUUUUUAGCCCAUCAAACACACAUUUCUAAUUAAAUGUACUUACAUAAUUAUAAUUCAAAGCAAUUUUCUUCAUCUAAUUAUUUAGAGCAAAAAAAAAAUCAGUGUGCCAUGAAAAUUUUUUGAGGAGCACAGUGUGCCGCGUUCAAUAAAAGUUUGAA